AUGGAUAUUGGAGGUUUGGAGACUGUGGUGGCCAACUCGGCCUACGUGUCAGCACGUGGGAGUAUAGAUGGAGCAGCCGCAGCAACCAUGCGUGACAAAAAAUACCACGCAAAACUCAAUCUGCCACACAUCAGGCAAUGUGAACAUAUGAAGUCCACAGUCGAUUCUGCAUUUCACAGUAUGUGCGUACGGCAGCCAAUUGGCAAACGUCUCUUCCAGCAGUAUCUCGAAAAUGAAGCUGCUCAUAAGAAUGCUGUAGAUUUGUGGAAAGACAUUGAAGACUACAGCGUUGCCCAGGAGAAAGACAGGGCUCAGAAAGCGCAAAAGAUGGUCAACAAAUACUAUGAGUCUUCUUCCAAGAACUUCUGCGACUUCCUGGAGGAAAAAGCAGUGAGCAGGGUGAAAGAGGACUACAAGAACGUUCGAGAGGAUCUCUUUAAAGAGAGUGAACGACAGAUCCUCACAGAGCUAAAGGCUAAUUCAGUGAAUGGCUUUAAGGACAGCAUGUACUUUCUGCGUUAUGUACAGUUUAAAUGGCUGGAGAGUCAGCCUGUUACAGAGGAUUGGUUCAUGGAUUUCAGAGUGCUUGGGAAAGGUGGAUUUGGUGAGGUCCAUGCUUGCCAAAUGAAGGCAACAGGGAAGAUGUACGCUGACAAGAAACUCAACAAGAAGAGGUUGAAGAAACGUAAAGGUUAUGAUGGUGCUAUUAUUGAAAAGUGCAUCCUGGCUAAAGUGCACAGUCGCUUCAUUGUGACCCUGGCCUAUGCUUUCCAGACCAAAACAGACCUCUGUCUGGUCAUGACCAUCAUGAACGGAGGAGACCUCAGAUUUCACAUGUAUAAUGUGGAUGAGAAAAAUCCAGGCUUUAAUGAAACUAGAGCUUGUUUUUACACAGCUCAGAUCAUCUGUGGUCUUGAGCAUUUGCACCAGCACAGGAUUGUGUACAGAGACCUCAAGCCAGAGAAUGUGCUCUUGGAUGAUGCCGGACAUGUGCGUCUGUCUGAUCUGGGGUUGGCUGUUGAACUACCUCCAGGAAAAGAUAAAACACAAGGAUAUGCAGGGACCCCAGGUUUCAUGGCUCCAGAACUGUUACAGAAGAAAGAAUAUGACUACACUGUAGACUACUUCACUCUGGGGGUCACUCUGUUUGAGAUGGUUGCCGCCAAGGGACCCUUCAGGUGUCGUGGAGAACAGGUGGACAACAAUGAGGUGACUAGGCGUAUUCUGAAUGACCCCAUUUCAUAUCCCCCAACCUUCAGCAAGGAUCUUAAAGACAUCUGUGAAGGACUAAUGGAGAAAGAUCCAGAGAAGAGACUUGGGUUCAAGAACAACGAAUGUGCUGAACUAAAGAAUCAGUCCUUCUUUAAAGACCUCAACUGGGGGCGAUUAGAAGCUGGAAUGCUACCUCCUCCCUUCGUGCCAGAUCCUAAGAUGGUCUACGCUAAGGACAUUGAUGAUGUGGGAGCAUUCAGCACCAUCAAAGGUGUUGUCAUUGACAACAAAGACACUGAAUUCUACGGCGAGUUUGCAACUGGGAAUGUUCCAAUUCCAUGGCAGGAGGAGAUGAUCGAGACAGGAGUGUUUGGCGAGCUGAACAUCUGGGGACAAAAUGGAAAACUACCAAAUGAUCUGAAUCCCAACUAUGUGGAAGCGAAAGGUGGUGGGUGUGUGAUUUUGUGAAACUGAGAGAAACAGGAAAGCGAAACUCAGGGCUGAACAAGAAUCGCGACGAAAGAAAAUAUAAAACCAUAAUAUUGAUUUGGAGUGCUUAAUCAAAAAGCUAUAUAAAUGUUGUGUUGGCUUGUUCUGCUCAACUCAUCUUCUGGGUUCCACAUUACUUGUAAUAAAUGCACGUACUAUUUAUUCUCUAAAAAUGUUUUAAAUUACUUACAUUAUGUAGCAACGAUGGAAUAGCAGUUUUAUUGUAAUGUACAUAAGACAACAUUGCUAUGCUGUGUUGUUCUGUUAUUAGUGUUUGUACACUUGUUUUAAAGGAAUUUUUGGCCACGGGAUGCAAGCACAGAAAGAGGAAUCAAAAUCUAGUUCAUGUCAAAUGAAGGAACAGAAAAAGUAACACAUUUCAGCUUUUAUGUAGUAAAGGAAGUGAAACUCUUGUUUACUUUAAUGCUUCAAAUAUAUUUUUCUAGACAUUCCAGGAGAUGUUUUCUGUUUGUAAACACAUGGAUUUCUUUAAUUUAUGAAACAUUACAUUAAAAUAUAAGAUAUAUGGUUGUCUUGUUGAAUAAACUAAAAUAUUCAUGCAGAUAAACAGUCCUAUAUGGUUUGUUUUGGGGGGAGGACAAGUGAAUUUCACUGAAAAGUUGAACUGGGAGUUUUCAGUUGAUUUAGCUUAGACAACCCGUUGUGUAUGGGACUUCAUUUUAUGGUAUUUCCCUAUUUUUCACUCAAUCCUUUGUAU